GAUGGGGAGAAGGUCAACGCCGAAUGUGAGCUGGAGAGUAAGGAGCGAAGGGGUUUCAAAUUAAGCAUAAACACUCCUGCGAUGGGGGUCGAGAACGACGCCGUUUCCAUUGCCAUCGCCGGAGCAAGAGAAGGGAGCCGGAUCGUUUACCUCGAAGAAGAUGAAGGAAUAUGGAAGUGCCGGCAUUGCUCCUGGACCUAUGGGUUGCUUGGCUCUGGGGCAGAACCUUUUCAGAAACACAAAACCAGUUGCCAAUUGGUGAUGGAAUCCAGAACAAUAAUACAAACUCAAGAUGAUGAUUUCAAUAAGCCUAUGGUCAUAGUUGAACCAUCUUCUUCUGAAAGAAUUUCUCAGAAAGAUCACAUUAGCAGCGCUUCAGCUUUGCCAACGACUAUAAUCAUACCCCAGGGUGAUGUACAAAUUCAGGCGAGAAAACGGAGCUUUGUGGAAAUUAGGAGAGAAAAUGAAUGGGAAGUGCUAAAGAGUAUUGUCUAUGGAGGCUUGAUUGAAUCAAUUAUCAGCCUUGGUGUAGUUUCAUCAGCUGCUGGAGCUAACACUUCAACAUUGAAUGUUGUGUCACUGGGAUUGGCAAAUCUCAUAGGUGGUUUCUUAGUGAUGUUACAUGAUCUAUCAGAAAUCAGAAGCGGUGGAGCAAGAAAUCAAAAUAAUGAUCAAUCUGACCAGUAUUACAAAUUGUUGGGCAGAAGAGCAAAUUUCAAAUUUCAUGUUGCAGUCUCCUUAAUCUCAUACUCUCUCUUCGGCCUCCUUCCUCCAUUAAUCUAUGGCUUCUCAUCAAAAGACAGCACUGCAAAGCUCAUUCUGGUGGCAGCAACGUCACUUCUGUGUAUUUCUCUGCUCUCCAUAGCUAAAGCUCAUAUAACUGAACCACAUCAUUAUACCAAAACUUUUAUUUAUUAUCUUGGAAUUGGACUCACAGUCUCUGGAUUGUCCUAUGUUGGUGGGGUUCUGAUUAGUAGAUUUAUGGAGCAGAUUGGCUUGUUAGAACCCGAGGCUCCAUUGCCGCCUUCUCUCGAGCUUUUUGGGGCAGGCUCUGGUCUGGUUUCAUGGUAAUGUUAGUGAGGAUGAGGCUGAUUUGAGAUCAGGAAGGUUAAUUUUG